AUGACAAGUAAAUUACCAAGAGCUACUUUGGCUCAAAAAUUACAAGUUCUAGAUUAUUUCCAUCGAUCUGAAAGACCACAACUGGAAACUGUUGAGAAAUUUAAAAAUGAGAUAUCAAUAUCAACAUCAUCAUUUAGUGAAUGGCUAAAAAAUGAAAAUGAGUUAAGAAAAAGGUAUAGUCAGGCUGAUUUUAAAUUUUCAAAAAAUAGUAAAAGAAAAGUGAAAUUUAAAUAUGAAAAGAUUAAUCAAGCAAUGGAUAAAUUAGUAAAAGGUAGAUUAGAAAGAGGUGAGCCUAUAACUGAACCUAUUUUAAGAGAACAUUGGUCAAUUUAUGCUCAUCAAUAUGGAGUAGAUGAUCCAAAAAGAUUAUAUAGUUUUAGUCAUGGUUGGCUAAGUCAAUUUAAGAAAAGACAUGGUAUAAAUAAGAAAAGAAAGAGUCAAGAAGAACCUCAAAAUGAAAUAAAUGAUGUUCCAUCACCAACGGACAAUAAUGAUUUUAAUGAACCACCAACUAAUGAAACUAAUUAUGAUAUAUUACAACCUCAAAUAAAUCGACCUGAACCACAGCCACAACCAACUCGUCCUCAAUUAUCUCCAGAAAUACCGAGAAAUCAAUUUAAACCACAAGAAGGUCUAAGUUUUAGUCAAAAUAAUGUAUUAGCAAUGAAUUAUAGAAAACAAAAUCAAUCUCCACCAAAUCCACAACCAUUUCAACCACCUAAUUUCAAUCAUAUACGAAGACAAGAAAAUUCGGGAUCUGCAUCAACUACUAAUGAAGUUAUAUUAACUGAAAGAAUACCACAACCACCACCUCAACCAAAACAAGCUCCACCAAAUUAUGAUAUUUUACAACCUACUACAGCAGAAGAAAUCGAAAAGUUUAUAUUCAUGUUUGCUGAUCGUUUUUUCAAUUCAAAUCAAUAUGAAUAUCCACAAACAUAUAAAAUAUUUCAAGAAUUAAAAGAUUCAUUCUUUAAUGAAAGAUUUAUAAAUAAUAGAAAUCAAAGUAGUAAUGAAACAUUUAUUAAUAGAAACCAACCUACACAAGAACCAAAAAAUUCACCACCUAUGAGACAAAGUAAUCUUAAUCAACAAUUAUUAUCUCGUCAAAGUGCUCCUACUUUGCCUGUUCCUCAUAAAGAUCAUCAUAGAGUUGAUCCUCAUUUACAACAUAAUCAACAACAAUUGGAUGAAUAUUUUAAAAUGCAAGCAAGUAGAAAAGCUAGAUUUAAAUAA